CCAAACACCGGUACAUUUUGCUUUCUGACUUUUUCUUUCUUUCUCUCCGCCCAUUCUCUGAUCUUUUAUGAUCAUUCUUGUCAUUUAAAAAUAAAGUCUGGUCUCCCGCGCGGUCGGGGGAUCUCGUGCUUGAGACAGGAAAAAAAAAGCAUCCAUGACUUCAAUUCUGCUGGCUUUGGCCCUUUGGACGGCCAAUGCAGCCGGCGUUCCCGUCGCAGAACAACUGCCGUUAGGCGUCGGUUCAGGCAGUGUCGCACAACCCUCACGAGGGCUGACUGGGAGGUUCCUGCAUAUCACAGACCUCCACCCAGAUCCUCACUAUGUUCCCGGAACUUCUACAGAUGAUGCGUGCCACAGGGGACAUGGCUCCACUGGAUACUUUGGCGCAGAGGGAUCGGAAUGCGACGCACCGCUCUCUCUAAUCAAUGAGACAUUUCGCUGGAUUGAGAACAACCUGAAGGGCAAGGUGGACUUUGUCAUCUGGACCGGUGAUUCGGCGCGCCAUGACAAUGAUGACGAUAUUCCUCGAACAGAAAAGGAAGUUAUUCAACUGAAUGAAGUUAUCGCCCAACAAUUCAUCAAUGUGUUCGCUGUGGAUGGUGAUGUGGUCGACAAGGUCCAACCGAAUCUCGGCCUUUCCAUCCCUAUCAUCCCUACCAUCGGAAACAACGAUGUCAUGCCACACAACAUCUUCGAAGAGGGCCCUAACCGAUGGACAAAAGAACUCUCCGAGACUUGGAGCAAGUUUAUCCCGGAAAUACAGCGCCACACUUUUGUUGAAGGUGGCUGGUUCACCACCGAGGUGAUCCCUGGCAAACUCGCCGUCAUAAGCCUGAACACAAUGUACUUUUUUCAAUCCAACAGCGCGGUCGACGGAUGUGAAGAUAAGUCGGAGCCGGGCUAUGAGCAUAUGGAAUGGCUGCGUGUGCAGCUCAAGCUGUUACGGGGGCGCAAUAUGAAAGCCAUACUCAUGGGACACGUCCCGCCAGCUCGGACCGGUUCCAAGAAGAAUUGGUAUGAGACAUGCUGGCAGAAGUACGCUCUCUGGAAGAAUCAGUACCGGGAUGUUGUGGUUGGGGAUCUUUAUGGACAUAUGAACACGGACCAUUUCAUGCUCCAUGAUAAUCACGAAGUGGAAAUUGCGGAUAUCGGUCAGAGUGACGCAUCGAGAAGCUCGCAAGACAAAUUGCCAAAUAACAUCUCCAUACAGGGCACCAAGGAAUAUCUGGAUAGUCUUCGAGACCAAUGGGCUGAUUUGCCAUCACCACCAUCGGAGAUACUCUCUCUCGAUUCUACAGAUGACUGGUUCCGAGAGGAUGUUGCUACAUUUGGCGACGAUGCUCUUGAUGAUCCAAAGGUGCAGGGAAAGAAGAAGAGAAUGAGAAAAUUCCUGAGAAAGAUCGGUGGUCCAUGGGCUGAACGCUACUGCGUGUCAUUGACCAUGUCCAGUUUGGUUCCGAACUAUUUCCCAAGUCUCCGGGUGGUAGAGUACAACAUCUCUGGUCUAGAAGAUACGCCUACGUGGGCCGAAGUCGGUUCGAGCAUGUCAAUUUCUGAUUCGUCCUACUCCGACGAGGAUGCGGAGGAAGAAUAUUCUCACCAGGCAGAUCAGCCUCUGGACGAAGAGGGAAAGAAGAAGAAAAAGAAGAAGCCGAAGUUCAAAGUCCCAGAGCCCCCCUCAGCCACAUCUCCCCCAGGCCCUGCAUAUUCCAACCAGCCAUUUACAUUCUUGGGAUACACACAAUACUUCGCCAACUUAACGAGAAUCAACCGUGAAUACGAAGAAUUGUCGGCAAGUACGUCGAACACAGAUAAAAAGCACGACCUUUUAUCUUUCGAAGUCGAAUAUGAUACCAAGAAUGACGAUGUCUACAAGAUGCAAGACCUCACUGUUCGCAGCUUCUUCAAACUCGCUAGUCAGAUUGCAGCAGGGAGCUCGAAUGCAGACGACAUAUCUGCCGAUGGAAAGAAGAAGAAGAAGAAGAAGAACAAGUUCUGGAGAACGUUCCUAAGUCGAGCGUAUGUUGGGUUUUACGAUGACGACGAGCUUAAUGACCUAUAAAAGGGCUUUUUGAUAUGCUCCGUAUACUGCGCU